AUGGUUGAACUGUCCCCAUUCUGGCAGGGGCUUUUGGUUUUUACAGACGUGGCCAUACAUUUCUCCCGGGAGGAAUGGGGGCUCCUUGAUGAGGCUCAGAGAAGCCUGUACCACGAUGUGAUGCUGGAGAACUUGGCACUUCUGUUGUCACUAGGUUGCUGGCAUGGAGCCCAGGAUGAGGAGGCCCCUUCAGAGCAAGAUGUUUCUGUAGGAGGGUCACAGGUCAGGACCCCAAAGCCAGGCCCAUCCAUCCAGAAGUCCCAGCCCUGUGAGACGUGUAGCUUGCUCUUGAAAGACCUUUUGCACUUGGCUGAGCAUGAUGGAACACACCCUGAGCGAGGCUUGCACACUUGUGGGGGAAAGCAUUUCCAGCACCAAAAGCAUCAAAUUAGAGAGAAACUUUUCAGAAGUGAUGAGGGGAGGCCUUCAUUUGUGAAGAGCUGCAGAGGUCACAUGACAGAGACGACCUUUACAUGCAGCCAGUGUGGGAAAACCUGCAGUCAUAAACAUAUACUUGUUGACCAUGAGAAAAUCCACACUGGAGAAAAGCUUUAUGAGUACAGGGAAUGUGGGAAGGCCUUCCUUAGAAAGUCCCACCUCCAUCAGCACCAGAAGGGCCAUGAUGAAGAUCAGCCUUUUGAGUGCAACCAAUGUGGGAAGGGUUUCCUUAGACUCUCCCAACUUGUUGGUCACCAGAAAAUCCACACAGGAGAAAGACCUUAUGGUUGUAGUGAAUGUGGAAAUGUUUUUAGGAAUCGCUCUACGCUCAUUAGACAUCAGAGAGUUCACACUGGCGAAAGGCCAUAUGAGUGCAGUGAAUGUGGAAAAGCUUUCACCCGCAAACAUAAACUUGUUGAGCAUCAGAAAAUCCACAGUGGUGAAAAGCCUUAUGAGUGCAGUGAAUGUGGGAAAGCCUUCAGCCGCAAAGACAAAGUUGUUGAACACCAGAAAAUCCACACUGGAGAGAGGCCUUAUAAGUGCAGUGAAUGUGGAAAAGCUUUCAGCCGCAAACAUAAACUUGUUGAGCACCAGAAAAUCCACACUGGAGUAAGGGCUUAUGAGUGCAGAGAAUGUGGGAAAUCCUUUAUGGACAGCUCUUCACUCAUUAUUCAUCAGAGAGUUCACACUGGAGAAAGGCCUUAUGAGUGUGACAAAUGUGGGAAAUUCUUUAGGUACCGCUUCACGCUCAUUAGACACCAGAGAACUCACACUGGAGAAAGGCCUGAUGAGUGCAGCAAUGUAGGAAAUCCUUUAGUUGCAACUCCACACUCAUUAGACGUCAGACAAAUCACAGUAGAGAAAGGCCUUAUUACUGCAGCAAAUGUGGGAAGUUUUUGUGGCACAACUCCGGUCUCAUUACACAACAGAGAGUUCACACUGAUGUGAGAGUCCUU